UUUCGAGUUCAAAGAAGUAGACGAGUCCUUCAUUCUUCGAGAGCUCGGAUCUCUUAAAACAAAUAAAGCCACCGGUCUAGAUCAAAUCAGCGCAAAGUUACUAAAAGAUUCCUCCUCUAUCAUAGCAUCUGGUCUAACAAAGAUAAUUAAUGCCUCGUUCGUUUCACAAACAUUCCCAGAUGUUUGGAAAAAAGGCAAGAUUAUUCCCUUCUUCAAAUCCAAUGACCCAACAUCUCCUAAUAAUUACAGACCUAUAACUAUUUUACCAAUCGUAAGUAAAAUAAUGGAGCGCAUAGUUCACAGACAAGUGUACGAGUACUUACAAGAGCAUGAUCUAAUCACCUCAGAACAAUUUGGUUUUCGCCCUAAGUUAUCCACAAGCAUUGCUUUGACACAACUCACUGAGGAAAUCUUGCACAAUCUCGACAAUAAAUUGGUUACCGGUGCAGUUUUUAUCGACUUGCGAAAGGCGUUUGACACG